UAGCUUCCAGGCCGAUCCCGACCGGGCCCGAACAAUGAACCGGUAUCCGCUAAUUUGCGCGCGACUGUAGCCGGUUCGGCGUUGCAGCUCCAACGGGCAACGUGGUCCACACGCGUCGGCGACUCACUGCGCUCACCACCACGCACCUGUUUCUUCUUCUUCUUACAUCUCUCGCCGCACCUCGGAGUCGCGUCGUGAUUCACAUGGAAGUCUCGAUUUGAUUCCCCUCGAAUCAAAUCAAUGCACAUCGCUGCUAAUUCCCAUAUAACCUGUCAAUCUAGCACUUGAACCUUCUCGCGAGAUCGGAUUUGACUGAUCGGCUGACGUCGGUGACGGAAUUUAUUCAUCCGAUUCGGCGUGAAUUCGCUUGUGUUCCUACGGAUAUUUUCCCCUUUUCUUUUGGGGGAGUUGAGCUGAGAUGGAUUCGAGCAGGAGAGCGGUGGAGUCGUACUGGAGAUCGCGGCUGAUCGACGCCGCGACCUCCGAUGAGGACAAGGUCACGCCUGUUUACAAGCUUGAGGAAAUCUGCGAGCUCCUGCGUUCUUCUCACGCCAGCAUCGUCAAGGAGGUUUCGGAGUUUAUAUUGAAGCGGCUCGAUCACAAGAGCCCCGUCGUCAAACAGAAGGCUCUUAGGUUAAUUAAAUACGUGGUUGGAAAAUCUGGUUUGGAGUUUCGCAGGGAGAUGCAAAGACAUUCUGUUGCAGUUCGACAAUUAUUCCAUUACAAGGGGCAUCCAGAUCCUCUUAAGGGGGAUGCUCUGAAUAAGGCUGUGAGGGACACAGCUCAUGAGGCAAUUUCUACCAUCUUCUCUGAACAGGACAAUAAAGCAGCACCCACUGAGGAUCUUAAUACAAGAAUUCAAGGAUUUGGAAACACUAAUAUUGAAAUGCCAUCAGAAGACAAGAAAUCAUUUCUCAGUGAGGUAGUUGGGCUUGGAAGUGCAUCCAUCAAGCAAGGACUCGAUAGUCUCACUCAGGGGCAGUCAUUUAGAAGGAAAGAAAAUGGCAGUUAUAGAGGUCCGAAUCUUCAGAGAUCUUUGACAAUAGAAAGUGAUGACACAAAUAAGUAUGAACCAGUUGAAACAGGCAAUGAGGCUCGGUUGGGGAUCUCAACAAAACGGGCCAGUGGUUCCUGGAAUCCAGAUAUGAGAGUGGCAAAUACAGAAUGGACCAAUGGGAAUUCUACUUCCAGUCAUACCGAGAACAAGACUCGUGAAGAGCGGUUGUUGGAAACUAUCGUAACAUCUGGUGGUGUUCGUCUACAACCCACUCGAGAUGCUACUCAUGUUUUCCUUGUGGAGGCAGCAAAAUUGGAUCCAAUGGCCAUAAGCCAGGCCCUUGAAACAAAGCUUCAGUCUCCUCAAUGGCAGGUUCGUGUGAGAGCUAUCUGCGUGUUGGACUCCAUUGUGAGGAUAAAGGACAAUGAACCCUUCUCAAUUGUGGCUUCUUAUUUCAGUGAAAACAAAGAACUUUUGAUUAGAUGUUCUUUGUCUCCGCAAGCUUCUUUGAGGGAAAAGGCAAAUAAGGUCCUUAGCUUUUUGGAUGGAGAACGGGUAGGUUCUUUGGCAAUUGGUUCAGGUAAGCCAGUGAAGGCUGAGACUGCUACUGCAGUUCAGAUGCCUGAUCUAAUAGAUACUGGCGAAUCCGAUUACAUAAAUGGAACAAAUGAUUUAACAUAUAUGCAAGGUGCUGCAAACACUGGAAGCUUGACCAAAGAGGUGACCCCUUCCAUCUAUGAUUUGCUCGGAGAUAAUGUUGGGUCUGGUGUGAGCACCAGUGAAGAAAGAAAUGAUGAUGAUCCCUUUGCCGAUGUCUCUUUUCACAGUGGCCAAGGUCAAGACUCUACUGAUGAUAUCUUUAAGGGGAUGACUAUUGAUGAUAAGCAUGGUGUUAAUCAAAACCAUGUAACAAUCAACGAAAAUAGGCCUGAAUUAUUCGAUAUUUUUGGGUCUUCUGACAUCUCUUCAGAGCAGGUAAAUCAGAGAAAUGAUGUCAAUGCUUUGAUGGCUGGCUUGUCUGUGAAUGAGAGUGAGGUGAAAGGAACUCCUGCAAUGCUAUCUGAAGCCAUAAUGUCAAAUUUAAAAAGCAAUCCUGGCUAUCAGGUCUCUAUUGAUACAUUGAACAGAAUUGUUGAAUCUCAAAUGACUGGCAUCAGUCCCAAUGCCAUGCCUCUCCCUAGCAGCCUGCCAUUUAGCAUACCUCCUGGGAUGAUGUUUAAUCCUGCUUUUCCAUCACAAUCCAUAAAUUAUGUUGGGAUGGGGAAUUUUCUCGCUCAGCAGCAAAUUCUAGCAAACACGUCUAACUUCCAACUUAAUGGGAAUAUGAAUGCUCAGGGCGUUGGCACCAGUCAUGUUACCCGAGCUAAUGGCAGUCAUUCACCACCCUUCCCUGAUAUUUUCCAGGCAAAUUUUCCCACUCAGUCUCCUAAUAUGAUGGGGAGCAACUUGAAGAAAGAGGGGACAAAAGCAUUUGAUUUUAUCUCGGAUCAUCUUGCUGCAGCUAAAGAUUCAAAAAGGACACUUUAAGGAUUUUGAGCGUAACAUUUCUCAGAAAGCACUUGCCAAUACGUCAAAAUCGCCUCGUAAAGCUUGAGAAGGUGACCAAAGCAGCUAUCUACUUAUAGAGAUGGUCAUACGUCCCUUUCAUCAGAAUACCAUUAACAUGCACAGCAAGUACGACUUGGUGACAGAUUUGAGUGGAAGUCACAAGCAGAAUGACCAUUAACCAGUGAGGAGCUAUUUCAAAUUGCUUGCAUAGUUUUGUAAUGUAAAUUCUGGUUGUAAAUGUUGGUUGUUCAACAGUAUGAAAGGCAUGAGUCAUCUAUGGCAGUUAUCGACUUGUCAAGGUCGUAAUGCCGUUGAGGUACGUAAAUGAGCAAAGUGCAAAUUGUCUAUUCUGAGCCGGUGAAUUACCCAUUUGUGUGUUUGAGUCGGUCUCUCUUGUACCAUUGCAUUUCUCUGCCUCAAACCAAUAAGCGGGUCUUCUCUCCAGUCA